UACUGUGAAGACUUGCGUGAAUUGACUGGCAGUUGUGGAAAAUCCAUCCGGCGGUCAACAUGAGAGCCUUACCAAUAAUUCUAUUUGUCCUUGUAAGCAGCAAGAGCUGCCUUGCAGCUCCAGCAGUUCGUGUGGAAACCGAUCCCGAACUGACUGCCGGCUAUACACAAGGUGAUAUGAUAUUGGAAAAUCAGGAGAGAAAUGGGAUGAUCAACGAAUCUUAUCGCUGGCCAAAUCGCGUUGUUUAUUACUUCAUCAAUAGGGACAUAGACCAACAACAUAGGGAUCAUAUUCUUCGUGGCAUACGCAUCCUUGAGGCAAACUCGUGUCUGAUUUUCAAAGAAGCAAGCAGUGAUCUGCCCUACUAUAUAAAUGUCACCUCCGAGGCUGGCGGCUGCUUCUCGUAUGUGGGCCACAGAAACCGAGUCCAACAGCUCAAUCUGGAAAACUACGAUUUGGACAAGGGUUGCUUCCGUCUGGGGACCAUUGUUCACGAGUUUCUGCACGCCUUGGGCUUCUAUCAUCAACAGAGCACAUGGAACCGUGACGACUAUGUUCGCAUUGUGAUGGAGAAUAUUCAAGAGGGCACGGAGCACAACUUCGACAAAUACGACAAAGAGACUGUGGACAAUUACGGUCAGGAAUAUGACUAUGGCAGUGUAAUGCACUACCAGCCCACUGCAUUCUCCAAAAAUGGACAAAUGACCAUUGUGCCUUUGGAGGAAGGUGCUGACGAGAUUAUGGGACAGCGACUGCAGAUGAGUGGUCCAGAUAUUGAAAAGUUAAAUGUUAUGUAUAAGUGUCCAAGACAUGCUUGACGCAAUGCUAAAAUACAUAAGCAGAAAUGACCAAGAAGAUUUUGCUUUUGUCGCAUGCCAUGCAAUCAAAUAAACGAUAAGAUAAGAACUGCCCUAAUUGACGGUCUAUAUUUUCUAUUGUCAAUAAUGUGCUGUAAAUAAAGCUUUAAAGAUAA